AUGCAGGGCCGCGGGUUCUGGUGCGCCAGCAACGGAACUGACUGCUGCCACAAUGCUGCCAGACUAGACAUGGGACAGAUGGUGAAUGUGACCGUCACAUCAUUAUCGGGAUCAAUCUCCUCCUACUCUUCCCCAUCUGCCACCUCAUCAACUUCUUCACCAAGCGAUACUGCAGCUUCUUCGCCAAGCGAUACUACAGCUUCUUCACCAAGCGAUACUACAGCUUCUUCGCAAUCAGCCGCUUGCACCUCAGAAAUCAACUGCCCCAACCCUAAGAAAAACACAGCUGUCGCAGCCGGUGUGGGCGCAGGAUUGGGCGUAUGUCUUCUGAUUGCAUUGAUUACACUUCUCAUGCAACGACGAAUUUACACGAAGAACAUGCGAAAUAAAGAGGCGAUGAUCAAUGCAUUAAAUUCAGCAGGUGCACAGCCACAUAAGGAUGGCCCAGUCGAUACUGAGAUGAGAAAGAGGACUGUCCCAGUGGAGUUGGGGCCCCCGGACGCGUGGAUCCAUGAGGUUCAUGGGAAUCAUUCGUAG